UGCAAGCUCGCCGGUGCCCCGCCUCCUCAGAGGGGAUCAGCGCUUGCGCGAAUGCGGUGAGGUUCUAGGCACCCGGGCUGAGGCGGAUAAUCUGGAGCGCUUUUGGAGACUUACUUGUUGAAGCAGUUGGCCUUGAAGAAACAGUUUUUAUACUUCAAGUUCGACCCACCCCUGAAGCACAACCUUCAGAGACAGAGUCGGUGGUGCCUGAGACGAGCAGAGCGCACCACCCACGCAGUCGCACCUUCCUCAGCAACUCCGGCCUGAGGCAAAGCUGGUGGAAUUUGAUUUCUUCACGAGACGCGUUCCUGUGUAUCCUCCACCCUGUGUGUCCUCAGGCUUGGGAUCAGGCCUGGGGGGUUGCUGCUGCCCAUGGCGCCCAUCGUGGAUGUGCGAAAGUACGCCCAGAAGGGCUUGGACACGGUGGGGGAAGCAACACAGAAGGAUUGCUUGUUCCUGAAAACCAGGUGUGAAGAGCUCCGCGAGAAGAACCUGGAGGGGGGGAAGAACACAGACCUGUCUGAGGGGAUUGUGUACCAGGCCAUGGAAGAGGGUCAAAACAGAAGGAACUGCCAAAGCCGAAGUCCAGGUUAUCCAGAUAACUUUUGAAGAAUUUGAUCUGAAGAUUGGCUAUGAUACCUUGAUAAUGAGUGAUGGAGGUGAAGUUGGAGACCCCAGGACAGUGUUCCAAAUACAGAGUCGUAAAAACAGAAGCUUUCAGAACCAUCUCAGAGAAGAUGUUUAAAUCACUGAUGAUAAAAUCCAACAAGGUGAAGCCUAAAGAGGAGAACAAUGAGAGUAAACAAGGUCCUGAUCCAAGCAAUCAGCCUCAACAAGCCACAAGACAGGGAGAAAACAAAAAUGAAAAGAAAUCUCUCCAAACCAAGAUGACUCCAGUCACAUUUGAAGAGUCACACACCAAAAUACAAGAUAAAAUCUCUGAGAAAAAUUCACUCAAAGAUCUGACCACAACCCCUGACCAUCAAAAUCCAACAGAAUCAAAGGGAACGAUGCCAGAGCAGAAGGAAAUGGAAACUGGGAAAGAAGGUCUAGUCAGCAAACCACAUGAAGCCCCUGUUAUAAAUGAGUAUGCUGAUGCCCAGCUACACAACUUGGUGAGAAGGAUGCGUCAAAGAACAAUCCUCUACAAGAAAAAGUUGGCAGAAGGAGAUAUAUCCUCACCUGAAGCCAGCCCCCAAACUGCAAAGCCCACAGCUGUACCAUCAACACAAGAAAGCAGUGCUAAGCUAAAAGAAGAACAUUACUAUCACAUAUUGUGUUUUAAAUUCCAGAAGAUGCCUCUGACAGAGUAUCUAAAGCAAAUUAGACUUCCAAGAAGCAUAGAUUCAUACACAGAUCGACUCUAUCUCCUGUGGCUCUUGCUUGUCACCAUUGCCUAUAACUGGAACUGCUGGUUUAUACCACUGCGCCUUGUCUUUCCGUAUCAAACACCAGACAACACACGCUACUGGUUUAUUACAGACAUCAUAUGUGAUAUCAUCUACCUUUGUGAUAUGCUAUUAAUCCAGCCCAGACUCCAGUUUAUAAAAGGAGGAAACAUAAUAGUGGAUUCAAAUGAGUUAAAGACACACUACAGGAGUUCUACAAAAUUUCAGCUGGAUGUUGCAUCAAUAAUGCCAUUUGAUGUUUUCUACGUCUUCUUUGGGUUUAAUCCAAUAUUUAGGGCAAAUAGGAUAUUAAAGUACACUUCAUUUUUCGAGUUUAAUCAUCACCUAGAGUCUAUAAUGGACAAGGCAUAUAUCUACAGAGUCAUUCGAACAACUGGAUACUUGCUGUUUACUCUGCACAUUAAUGCCUGUAUUUAUUACUGGGCUUCAGACUAUGAAGGAAUUGGAAGUACUAAAUGGGUGUAUGAUGGUGAAGGAAACAAGUACCUGAGAUGCUAUUACUGGGCCGUUCGAACUUUGAUUACUAUUGGGGGCCUUCCAGAACCACAAACAUCAUUUGAAAUUGUUUUUCAACUGGUGAAUUUUUUUUCUGGAGUUUUUGUGUUCUCCAGCUUAAUUGGUCAGAUGCAAGAUGUAAUUGGAGCAGCUACAGCCAAUCAGAGCAACUUCCGAAACAGCAUGGAUCAUACCAUUUCCUACAUGAAUACUUAUUCCAUUCCUAAGAGUGUGCAGAAGCGGGUUCGGACUUGGUAUGAAUAUACAUGGGAUUCUCAAAGAAUGCUAGAUGAGUCAGAUCUGAUCAGUACACUGCCUGUCACCAUGCAGUUAGCCCUCACCGUGGAUAUGAACCUCAGCAUCAUCAGCAAAGUCGACUUGUUCAAGGGUUGUGAUACACAAAUGAUAAAUGACAUGUUGCUAAGAUUGAAAUCCACUGUUUAUUUACCUGGUGACUUUGUCUGCAAAAAGGGAGAAAUUGGCAAGGAAAUGUAUAUCAUCAAGCAAGGAGAAGUCCAAGUUCUUGGAGGCUCUGAUGGUGCUCAAGUUCUGGUUACUCUGAAAGCUGGAGCAGUGUUUGGAGAAAUCAGCCUUCUAGCAGCAAGAGGAGGAAACCGUCGAACUGCCAAUGUGAUAGCCCAUGGGUUUGCCAAUCUUUUAACUCUGGACAAAAAGACCCUCCAAGAAAUUCUAGUGCAUUAUCCAGAUUCUGAAAAGCUCCUCAUGAAGAAAGCCAGUGUGCUUCUAAAGAAGAAGGCUCCAGGCACAGAGGAAUCCCCUCCAAGAAAAGGACUUGCUUUUCUCUUCCAACCAAAACAAAAGACACCCAAAAUGUUUAAAGCUCUCCUGGGAGGCACAGGAAAAGCAGGUCUUACAAGACUACUCAAAAUGAAGAGGGAACAAACCAUCCAGGAAAAAAGUGAAAACUCCAAAGAAGGAGAGGGUAAAGGAAGAGAAUAUGAAGAUAAAGGAAGAGAACCAGUAGAGAAAACACAGGACAGCUCCGAAUGUAGAGCAAAUACUGUUACAGCAGAGGAAAUGCCCCAGUCAAUAAGAAGGGCAGCUUUACCCAGAGGAACUACUCGUCAAUCACUCAUCAUCAGUAUGGCUCCUUCUACAGAGGCUGGGGAAGAAGUUCUGAUGAUUGAAGUUAAAGAAAAGGCUAAACAAUAAGUGUUUGAUUAUCUUUAGAUGUAAUCUAGCUAAUUCCCAAAGAGAUUGUACCCAGGA